GGGUAUUUUCCUGAUGCCGAAAGGUGGUCUUACGUCUGCGACUUUCAUAUGUGUAUGUGCGACGAGGAAGCAUUUUUCCAAAAAUUGAAAAGCUAUUUAAUAGUGCAAAAUAAUUGAUAAAUUUAAGUGCAACGUAUAAGGAAAUAAAUAUAAAUUACGCAUGCAUAUAAAUAUCAGCGACUAAGGCAAAUUGAAGCUGCAAAAAAGAGUGACGCAAAAACCACACAUACACACAUACAUACAGGCAGCCUCAUUUUUUUUUAGAAAGUACGUGAAGAAAAACAAGUUUGGUUGUGUGCGUGCGUACGUAUGUCGAGUGGAGAGUAACGGAGACUUUUUGUUUCUGUUUAGCGACACAAUUAAUUGUGGAUGGCUUACAACACAAACAAAAACAAGAGAAAAACAAUUGAAGAUUAUGUUGAUUGCAACAUCAUCCCAACAUCAAAGGCAAGAAAUGCAUGCUACAAGAACCAUCAAGUACAACAAUUGCAUUGGAAAUUGAAAUUUGUGCGACAGAAGCAGCCACAGCAGCAGCUAACAACGAUUUUCGACGACUGGCAGCCAUAUUCACAGCUACAACAACAACAGAAUCAGAAAAAACGCGAUCCACGAUAUUGCAAAGAUACGUGACAAAAAUCGACAAAAGAACGACGAAGACUGAAUAUUCUAUUAGCGUGAAAAUAUAAGCAAACAAGAAAAUAAAAUCAACAAACUUAACAUUAUUGUAAUUGAGUAAUAAAUAAAAACAUAACAAACCAAAUAAAUUAAACAGAAAAAUAUAAACAAAGUGUAUUAAAAACAAAUAUAUACGAACUAUUAUGGAAAUUGCCCCAAUAUAUAAUACCGUCGUCGCAACAGCCGCUGCUGCCACUGCAACAUCGUCGACGUCGCAGCACAGGCAGCGACAGAGGCGCUCCGCUGCUGCUGCCGCCGCAGUUUUGGCAACAACAGCAACGGCAACAACAGCAGUAGGCAACACAUUAGUAAACACCGAAAGCAGAGCCCAUCAAAAUGAUAACGUCAAUAACUUGGCGUUGAUUGCAUCGCUGACGCUCCAAAAGGUGCUAAACAUCAACAAUAUUAAUAACCACAACAACAACAACAACAACAGCAUCAACAACAACAAAAACAAUAGCAACAUCAAUGUUUCUGGCAACACUUUUGGAUCAGCUUAUCAGCAAGUGUCCCAAGUAGCCGCAAAGGCGACGGCCGCAAUUAAACAGCAACAACAUCAGCAGCUGCAGCAGAAAAACCAACAACAGCAACAACAACAACAACAACGACGACACUCUGAUAACGAAGCUGAGACUGACAUUUUAACACAAUUGCUCAAAUCGGGCGCCGUAUUUGAGACAACAGCCGCAACUGCAAGUGAACCUAUCACCCCUGCGGCGGGCAUCAGUGCGCCCAUUGCGAUCGAGAGGAAGUCGUCGCAGCAGAAGCAACAGCAACAAUAUCAACAACAACAGCAACACCAUCAACAUCAUGGGCAUAGCGCACAAAAUCAACGACUCAAUUCAUCCAUAUCAUCGACCAACUCAAGCACAUCAACCAACUCCUCUACGGCCAAUAGCUAUGGCAGCUCCUGUUCCUCCUCAGAGGAUCCAAUGGCAACAACAGCAACAGGCAACGAACCGGUAGCAACAGCAACAGCAACAGCAAUAAAGUCGUCCAGCAUUAAAUUGCCAGAGAAAUCGAAAAUUCCGUCCGAUAUACUCGAUGAUCUGGCUAGCCGAUUCAUCAUUAAUGUACCGGACAUGGAGCUCAACAAUUUAAUACGCAUUUGCUUUCAAAUUGAGCUGGCGCAUUGGUUCUACUUGGACUUCUUCUGUGCGCCCGAAGAAUCUGAGCAACAGCAGAUGCAGCAAAAGCGAAAGCUGCCCGCGGUGGGCAUCAAGCAGUUUGCCAUGCAACUCUUUCAGCACAUUCCCUUUCUGAAUAAGCAUUUCGACACUGUGAAUCAGAUAUUGGAGGAGUGGAAAACGUAUAAAUUAUCUGUGCCAACAUAUGGCGCCAUUCUCGUAUCGGAGGACUACAAUCAUUGCCUGCUGGUGCAAUCAUAUUUCGCUCGAAACUCUUGGGGCUUUCCCAAGGGCAAAAUCAAUGAGCACGAGAAUCCCGAACACUGUGCCACCAGGGAGGUAUACGAGGAGACGGGCUUUGACAUAACGAACAUCAUAGAUGCGGAUGAUUAUAUUGAGGCUUUUAUUAACUAUCAGUUUACACGAUUGUAUAUAGUGCGCAAUAUACCGUUAGAUACGAAGUUUGCGCCGCGCACGCGAAAUGAGAUUAAGUGUUGUGAUUGGUUUCGCAUUGAUGCAUUGCCGGUCAAUAAGAACGAUGCCAUAUCGAAAGCCAAACUGGGUAAGAACUCCAAUUCCUUCUUUAUGAUCAUGCCCUUUGUGAAGCGAUUGAAGAAGUGGGUGAACGAUCGUCGCGCUGGCAUUGAGCCAUCAACCCGUCGUCGCAAAUGCUCGGGACAGCAGAGUCCAAAGGCCAUCCAAAACGGUGGCACAUCCACGUCGCCAACAAUGCUGGCGAAUGGCAACAUUGACAAAAAGGAUCAGCAGCAGCGCAGUUCGUCGAAGCGUCAGCGGCACAAAUCGAUGGGCGAUUUGGAUGGUGUUAAGCUAAAUAAUCUCAAUGGCAAGGUGGGCGCAGGAGGAGCUGGAAGUGUCGGUCUCACUGCCAACAGUAACAUUUACCAUAGCAAUAUCAAGCGCAAUAGCAAUUGUAAUGUUAACGGCAACAGCAACAUCAACAACAAUAACAUCAACAACAACAUCAAUAACAAUAACAAUAACAAUAUCAACAUCAAUAAUAAUAAUAAUAAUAACAACAAGCAAUUGAAUGUGGCUGCAGGCAGCAAUACCCCAACAACAACGCCAGUGACAGCAAAUGCAGCAGCAACACCAACUGCAGCAACAGCAGCAGCAGCAGCAGCAGCAGCACAACAACAGCAGCUACGUCCACGUCCCGCUUCGGUUUCAUUGAAUUCGCCAAUAACAACAGUUGCUGGAGCAACUGGCAACAACAGCAGCACAACACCGGAUGCACAGACAUUGCACAAGCUGCAGCGCAUGGCAUCUGGCACCAAUUUGCGAAUUUUGCAGCGUCCGCAAUCGCAACAGGCGCAGCAGCAACAACAGCAGCAACAACAACAGCAGCAACAACAGCAGCAGCAACAACAACAACCAGGGCCUUUGAAUUUCACGCCCAAUUUUAAUUCGUGGACGAAUUUCUCAUUCACCAAAAAUUUCAUAGCAAAUGUAUUUUGCUAAAUCAAUUUGAAUGACAUAUUUCCUUCUAAAUUUCUCAUACUUCUUGCAUUUCUAAGUCAGGCCAGUUUGUAGACAGCAUUAACA